GCCGAGCGCGACCUCUCUCACAAGAUCCUCUUCCGGGGCUUUCUCGCUCUCUUCCACGCCUCCAAAAUGGCGCAACAAGAUCAGGGUGAAAAGGAGAACCCCAUGCGGGAGCUGCGCAUCCGCAAACUCUGUUUGAAUAUCUGUGUCGGAGAAAGCGGGGACAGGCUCACCCGAGCAGCCAAAGUGCUGGAGCAGCUCACAGGCCAGACUCCGGUCUUCUCAAAAGCUCGAUACACUGUUAGAUCUUUUGGGAUCAGGAGAAAUGAGAAGAUUGCUGUACACUGCACUGUACGUGGAGCCAAAGCUGAGGAGAUCCUGGAGAAAGGGUUGAAGGUGCGAGAAUACGAGCUGAGGAAGAACAACUUCUCAGACACCGGCAACUUUGGUUUUGGAAUCCAGGAGCACAUCGAUCUGGGCAUUAAAUACGAUCCCAGCAUUGGAAUCUAUGGCUUGGACUUCUAUGUGGUUCUGGGUCGGCCAGGCUUCAGCAUUGCUGACAAGAAGCGCCGAACUGGUAGCAUUGGGGCCAAGCACAGAAUCAGCAAGGAGGAAGCCAUGCGCUGGUUCCAGCAGAAGUACGAUGGCAUCAUCCUUCCUGGCAAAUAAACAGUCCCUGUCCCAAAAAGAGUUAAUAAAGUUUUCCAUUGUUUAA